AUGCACCACUGGGCCGUCGGCGGCGACAUCUACAUCGGUUGGCCCGACCACGGGGCCGAGGAGCGGCGCUACACCAUUGUCGAAAUGGAUCUCUCCGGCAAGGUGUUUCGUGGUCGCGUCACCAACGGGCAGCGGCAGGGCGGGUUCAUGGUCAUCUUCGACUGCCCCAACGUUAUCCUGGAGCAACUCGCAGAACAGGCAUCCAACGUGGUGGGGUUUCGCGUCAUCGUAUCCAACCUCAGAACCAGCAUAGAUGGCGUGGUGGUUCGUAGCUUCGAUUACGAAUGGUAUCCAACUCCAGAGUUCGCCGAACGCCCCCACGCCCUGGCCACCGCCCUGGCUACUCUCUACGAGGAUAUUGCCCCCGGCCAGACCGAUAAAUAG